CUCUUUAGCCUUCCCAGGGUUCACCGAGCGCGGCGGCGUGGCCCCACCCCAAUGUAGGCUCCUGCCCUCGGACAACGGAGACAACGGGAAUAUAAGAGUACUCUCCGAGGAGAAGACCGAGAAGAAGAAGAAGACCAAUCCGCUUCGCGUCCUUUUUUCGCCUCACAGCAGCGUGGCGGCCUCAUUGCUAGCUAAGCUAAGAUAGCUCUGUGCUGCUAAUUCUGCUGGAUUUCCACGCAAAUGCGAAGAAAUGAGCGCGUGGAUUAUUCCACGCCAGCAUGCAGUGCGCGUGUACGUGUAGUGCGGGUGCACGUCCAGGCCUCAGAUCACUCUUUUUGACGAGCAGAUGCGUGCCUCAAAAACAACAAACCUCCAUUUUUCUCCUGUAAUUGUUCCUCGUAUUCGGCUUCCUGUCUCGGCCAGGGUGGUGGCGAUGUGAGGGGCCGAGAAUACAACAAGUAUUUUAUGGGAAGGAGAAGCCCGCAAAAGCCGGAGAAAAUCCGAAUAAGUAGGCUGUGAAAGGAGGCAGAGAAGUGGGCCGGAAGUGUCACACAUGUUUAGUACUUCACUUCCUGGACGGGACCGUCGUCAAGUUGGAAAUGUUCCGAACGGAAGCUUGGAACCCAGCCGGGUGAGCGCCACACUCACGCCGAGUUCCGCGCCCUGUCGCCGGCCAGAGUCAGACACCAGCCCCGCGGUUGCUUGUCACCCUUCCCCUUGGACUACAAGUCAAUCUGGACCAGCCCUGGUACAGUUUUCCCUGCUAGGACCAGGACCUCGGUCUGAGUGAACCCUCUUCUCGGUCCACUUGUUGCAUUUGCCACCACCUAGCCUCCCGGUUUGAAAGCCACUUAGGACUACUAGUCAAUCUGGACCAGCCCUGGUACGUUUUUUCCUGCUAGGACCAGGACCUUGGUCUGAGUGAACCCUCUUCUAGGUCCACUUGUUGCAUUUGCCACCACCUAGCGUCCUCCUUUUUCUCGUUUGGAAGCCACUUAGGACUACUAGUCAAUCUGGACCAGCCCUGGUACGUUUUUUCCUGCUAGGACCAGGACCGCGGUCUGAGUGAACCCUCUUCUCGGUCCACUUGUUGUAUGUGCCACCACCUAGCCUCCCUGUUUGGAAGCCUCUUAGGACUACUAGUCAAUCUGGACCAACUCUGGUACAGUUUUUCCUGCUAGGACCAGGACCUCGGUCUGAGUGAACCCUCUUCUUGGUCCACCUGUUGGAUUUGCCACCACCGAGCCUCCUCCUUCAUCCCGUUUGGAAGCUCCCUCCUUUGCUUUGUCCCUGCGGGAAGAUGGGUUGUUUGGGCAACAGUAAGACUGAAGACCAGAGAAACGAGGAGAAGGCCCAGAGAGAAGCGAACAAAAAGAUCGAAAAGCAGCUCCAGAAGGACAAACAAAUCUACAGAGCGACGCACCGACUGCUGCUUUUAGGAGCCGGAGAGUCCGGGAAGAGCACAAUCGUGAAACAGAUGAGGAUCCUCCACGUCAACGGCUUCAAUGCAGAAGAGAAGAAGCAGAAAAUCCAGGACAUCAAAAAUAAUAUCAAAGAGGCCAUUGAGACCAUAGUCACAGCCAUGAGUACCCUGACGCCUCCUGUGCAGUUGGCGUCUCCAGAAAACCAGCACCGCAUUGAGUACGUCCUGAACCUGGUCAACCAGAAGGACUUUGACUUUCCGUCUGAGUUCUACGAGCAUGCCAAGACUCUGUGGCAGGACGAGGGCGUCAAGGUGUGCUAUGAGAGGUCCAACGAGUACCAGCUCAUCGACUGUGCACAAUACUUCCUGGACAAGAUGGACAUUGUGAGGCAGAGCGACUACACGCCCUCAGAUCAGGAUUUGCUACGGUGCAGAGUCCUGACUUCAGGGAUUUUUGAGACCAGAUUCCAUGUGGACAAAGUCAAUUUCCACAUGUUUGACGUGGGCGGCCAGCGAGACGAACGCAGGAAAUGGAUCCAGUGCUUUAACGACGUGACAGCCAUCAUCUUCGUGGUGGCCAGCAGCAGCUACAACAUGGUGAUCAGAGAGGACAAUCAGACCAACCGUUUACAGGAAGCCCUCAACCUCUUCAAGAACAUCUGGAACAACAGGUGGCUGCGAACCAUUUCAGUCAUCUUGUUCCUCAACAAGCAGGACCUCCUGGCAGAGAAAGUGCUGGCAGGAAAGUCCAAAAUCGAGGAGUACUUUCCAGAGUUUGCUCGCUACACAACACCUGAUGACGCGACACCAGAAGCUGGAGAAGAUCCUCGUGUCACAAGAGCAAAGUACUUCAUCAGAGACGAGUUCCUGAGGAUCAGCACAGCGAGCGGUGACGGCCGCCAUUACUGCUACCCACACUUCACCUGUGCUGUGGACACGGAAAACAUCCGCCGUGUCUUCAACGACUGUAGGGACAUCAUCCAGAGGAUGCACCUGCGGCAGUAUGAGCUCUUGUGAUUGGACGUCACCUACAGGACAGUACGAGCUCUUGUGAUUGGACGUCCCCUACAGGACAGUACGAGCUCUUGUGAUUGGACGUCACCUACAGGACAGUAUGAGCUCUUGUGAUUGGACCUCACCUACAGGACAGUACGAGCUGUUGUGAUUGGACCUCACCUACAGGACAGUACGAGCUGUUGUGAUUGGACGUCACAUACAGGACAGUAUGAGCUCUUGUGAUUGGACGUCACCUACAGGACAGUAUGAGCUCUUGUGAUUGGACGUCAUCUACAGGACAGUACGAGCUGUUGUGAUUGGACGUCACCUACAGGACAGUAUGAGCUCUUGUGAUUGGACGUCACCUACAGGACAGUAUGAGCUCUUGUGAUUGGACCUCACCUACAGGACAGUAUGAGCUCUUGUGAUUGGACGUCACCUACAGGACAGUACGAGCUCUUGUGAUUGGACGUCACCUACAGGACAGUAUGAGCUCUUGUGAUUGGACGUCACCUACAGGACAGUAUGAGCUCUUGUGAUUGGACGUCACCUACAGGACAGUAUGAGCUCUUGUGAUUGGACGCAAAGAGAUUUUGGCCAAAAAGACCCAAAAAAUGAAAAAAAAAAAAAAAAAAAAAGCAGAACAAACUUGGGAACAGUCUUUGAACUCUUCCAGGGACAUGCCAAAAAAAACACUUGGGGACGGACACACGCACACAUACACACACAUACCUACACAAAGUACAUGAUGCCAACUUCCCCUUGCUGCUAAGUCCACUGUGAUGGGUGUGUCUGAGGGGGCGUGGCCACUGUCCUGUCACACAUGUCCUUCCUGUAGGAGUGGCUCCAUGACAAAACAUGUGAUGUCACCGUUGGACUGCAAGCAAGUGGACGCGCACACACACACACACACACACACACACACACACACACACACACACACACACACACACACACAGCAGUCCUUACUAUGACAUUUGCAUAUCAGGAUAAUCAUUAAAAAAAACACAUCAAACGUGCGUUUACUGGAUUGGGCAUAAACAUCAAACAUAUCCAUGUUUUUUCUUGUUGCUUUAAGAUGAAACACUCAAACUUUUGAAAAGAAAAAAGGAGUGUGGGUUUGUUGAGUUAUUCUGUAAGAGGAAGAAUUCACAGUUCUUUAGAUGAACUUGUCCUUGGUUGUUGUGUGUCAGCUCUGGUUCUUGUACAGAGUGUGUCUGCCUUCACCACUGUACGUGUGUAACCAGCUCAAGUUCUGCGCUGUAUUCACUAGCUGGGUCAAUGAUUUCUUGUUUCUUCCUCUGCAUCAUUUACAUUUCUAUUUUUGGAUCAUAUUUCCCCUAAAGAGGCUGAAUACACGACAUGUAUACGGCUUUGAAGAGAAAGUAUUUUACUAGGAAUCCAAUGUUACACGCGACAAGUGUGCUUCUAAGUUAAACUCCUUCAACUCAA